AUGGUAACCAGUGAAGACCCUGCAAAUACAGUAGAUGUUAUUCUGCUGAACCAGCUGACAUUGGACAGCAAGCAGGCAGCUGCGGUUUCUGGGUCAUCUUUAGUGGUAGCCCCAUGUAGAGCAAAUUAUGAUGUACAGCAUAUUAAGAGAAGAGACAUCAUCCUGAAGAGAGAGCUGGGUGAAGGUGCUUUUGGGAAGGUGUUCCUGGCUGAGUGCUAUAACCUCAGUCCCACCAAGGACAAGAUGCUAGUAGCCGUGAAGGCUCUCAAGGACCCAACUUUGGCUGCCCGAAAAGAUUUCCAGAGGGAGGCAGAACUGCUUACCAACCUGCAGCAUGACCAUAUUGUAAAGUUUUAUGGUGUCUGUGGUGACGGAGAUCCACUCAUCAUGGUCUUUGAAUACAUGAAACAUGGGGACUUGAAUAAGUUUCUGAGGGCACAUGGACCAGAUGCAAUGAUCCUUGUGGAUGGGCAGCCCCGGCAAGUCAAAGGGGAAUUGGGACUUUCUCAAAUGCUGCAUAUUGCCAGCCAAAUUGCCUCGGGAAUGGUUUAUCUUGCCUCCCAGCACUUUGUACACAGAGACCUGGCUACGAGGAACUGCUUGGUUGGAGCUAAUCUAUUGGUGAAGAUUGGAGACUUUGGGAUGUCAAGAGAUGUCUACAGCACUGAUUAUUACAGGGAAGUACCGCAUCCGAAGGGCUAUUACAGCACAACGUGGCAGCAGCAGAGACUAACAGCAAUGGCAGCUACAACAGUUGGGGGACACACCAUGCUCCCUAUCCGUUGGAUGCCUCCUGAAAGCAUCAUGUACCGGAAAUUCACAACAGAGAGCGAUGUCUGGAGUUUUGGGGUAAUUCUCUGGGAGAUCUUCACAUACGGAAAGCAGCCCUGGUUCCAGCUGUCAAAUACAGAGGUUAUUGAGUGCAUCACCCAAGGCCGUGUCUUAGAGAGGCCGCGGGUCUGUCCCAAGGAAGUUUAUGACAUCAUGCUGGGAUGCUGGCAGCGAGAACCUCAGCAGCGGCUGAACAUUAAGGAAAUCUACAAGAUCCUUCAUGCUCUGGGCAAAGCCACACCAAUCUACUUGGACAUCCUUGGCUAGCAGCGACCAUGCUUCAAAGUUGUUGCUGUGUCUUUUUUCUCCCCACCCUACCUCUCCCUUGACCUCAAGCCAACAUAUUCAUAUAAACUCAAGUGCCUGCUACACAUACAACACUGAAACAAACAAACAAAACAGAAAGAGACAAGUUAAAUGGAAACAUGGAAAGCCUCAAUCAUACGUAAGGCAGCUGGGGAGAGAGAGAGAGAAUGAGAGAGAGAGAGAGAGAGAGAGAGAGAAAGAGAGAGAGAGAGAGAGAGAGAGAGAGAGAGAGAGAUCCGUUGCUCCAGUAGCUGCUGCAGGUUAUUGAGUGCAUCACCCAAAAUGUAACAUCUCAGAACCAGAAGGAAAAUGUGAGAGAGACUGAAAAAUAAUUUCUACAGUAUUAAAAAGAAGAUGAGGAAAAAACAAUAUUUAACAAGGUAUGGAAUUGCAAAUCCUACAGUGUCCUUUAGAUUCUGGCUAUUGGGUAGAGUUCUAUCCACCUGGAAACAUGGAACAACAAAAAAGGAAAGCUGAAGAUAAUGUGCCUAAACUGGCACCAAACUGGCAAUGCUUCUAUUAUUCCAGGAUGAUUCUCCCCUGGAGCAACUUCCUUUUAAGAGAUCUCAUCUACCAUCCUAAGCCCCCCCCCUUCUGCUUUAACACUUUUGGAACAGCUGUUGUCUCCAACUUAUCCCAUUCUACCACAAGGUUUCUGAUUCUCUCCUAUGUAUAAAUGUUUCCGUUUUGGAAUAUACACCAUUCAAAAACUUUGCUUCACCGACUGGUCAGAUGAACAAAGAAGCAUCACAGAAACAUCCACCUAGCUGCAAGGAAAGAAGAAUGGAUAUAGUAUUUUUACCUUAUUGUUUUCAUAUUUCCGUUCCUUUUCAAAUGAGAGUCCUCGAAAUGAUGUCAAGGACCCAAACAAAUGUCUGCAACAGCCAUACAUGAGGAAAGCUUAUGAAAUGGAUAUCUUGGAGACAAAAAUUCCAGCAAUUCUCACUGGAAUAGUUCUAGAUAUGCAAAUACAGAUACAGCAAUUGCAACUGUAACCUUGACCCAGCUGUCAGUUCCAACAGUGUGGCUUGGAAGCCAUGAUCCUCAGUGAAGGUGGUCCCAAAAAUCACUUUUUUUUUUUCAUAUAUAUAAGAUUUCCUACUGAUGUUUGCUGCAUUUUCCUCCCUUCCUCUUGUAAAGAAUAUUUUACAGUUCUGACCUAAUCCAACUUCUCAUCAAUCCUGUGUCGGGUAGGUAAUCUGUCCCCAUUUUGGACAUGUUGGUGGUCUUAAAGGCAAGGAAAGAGAGAGGUAUGUCUGAAGGCCCCACAGAGAGAUUAUGAUGAAGCACAAAGUAGAAUUCAAAUAUUCCCUAUGUUUACUUCCUCUACUGUGACCUGGGUCAAUCUGUAUUUCUUACAACUUCAGUGAGGAAUUAAUUUUCCCCAUUGUUGUAGCUUAGAAUUCAGCUGAGAUAUUAACUGAAGGGGGCUGGGUCCCUCUGACCAUCCUAUUAUGAUUCCUCCUUCCCCACCCUGACUAUGUUUCCCCACCACCACUACCUUUCUGCCUUGGCUUGCCAACUGAUUUUUACCCAACAAACUUACCAAAAAAAAAAAAAACCCAGGGUUGAGAUCUGUUCAGCAGCUAAAAAGGCAUAAACAGCUGCACCUCCCCUCUAUCUCUUUUCCUUUCUGGUUGAUGUUCCUCUGACAUUAGCAACCUCCUGAAAAGACUGGUGCAUCUUCUCUCAAGACACUGUGAAUGGGAUAUCUCCAUAGGCAGCUUGGCAGGAAAGGUAGGGAAGAAGGUAAGGAAGAGGCUUUUAGGAGAUGGCAAGCUGUAAUGGACAUCCUCAUAGCUCAACAAAAGCAAAUUUGGGAUGAAAGGAGAGAAUAAUAAAAAGGGCCUCCCUAACCAUCCCAUGUUUUGUGAGGGUUGGAAGCUAAUGGAGAGUGAUUCAGUCUUUAGCUUAUGCAGUUGAAGACACAUGAAAUAUCCUUGAUUUAUUUUGUUCAUGUCAAAUUAGAAGGAGAGCAUUUCUUCUCAAUAGAAUGUGGCUGUGGUCAAGCUAAUUUCUUGAGACAAGUCCCCCACAAGGACUAAAUGAACAGUGGGAGACUCAGGGUAUCAAGGGACUUUGUUCAGUCCACAUUGCUAGGUGAAACAAAUAUAUUUUGCACUUUCUGGAUCAUGGUGCGGAGCAGAACACCAUUAUUCUUCUGAUUCUGCACUUCUCUGGAAUUUGUGAUGCUGUUCUUGACCCAAAAUAUGUGUGCAAAAGAAAAAGAGAAAAGAAAAGAAAAGAAAAGAAAAGAAAAGAAAAGAAAAGAAAAGAAAAGAA